UGGCGCCAGUCAAGUGAGUUCAGAAUCAGUUAGUUACCAUCUUCACUCCAUCAAAAAUCAGCUUACGCUCUCAAAAUUCCUGAUCUGACAUUGCCAAUGUGAUGAUAAUCCAUUAAUCUUGGAUCAAAAUCAGGUGAAAUUUGAAUGAUUACACUAUUUUCUUGAUCAGAUUGUCUUACAUUUGGUUUGAUAUUUACUACAGAGAAGAGGCAGAUGCUUAAUGAUUGAGUAAUACUUGUGACUUGUUAGCUAUAGAUUUCACGGAAUCGCAAUCCGAUUAUAUACGAUUGAAAAUGGCCUGGUUCAGAGUUGGUUAUAGUGCUGCAAGAAUUGCCAUCAGGAGAACUCUAUGUCAGAAUGGACUAUAUGCCUCGAGAGUACAAAAGUUUCCUUCUCAAAAUCGAGAUUUUCGCAGUACAAUUCUUCGAUCAAAGUCUCAAUCAACAGCUGCUUCUCAGUCUGAUAACUUUUUAGAAGGUACAAGCAGCGUGUAUCUGGAAGAGCUUCAAAAGGCGUGGCAAGCUAAUCCAAGCAAUCUAGAUGAAUCUUGGGAUAAUUUUUUCAAAAACUUUUUAGGUCAGUCGGCAACAGUCGAUGGUAUUUCGGGUCAAACAAUUCAAGAAAGCAUGCGUCUGGUGUUGCUUGUUAGAGCUUAUCAGGUUCGCGGCCAUAUGAAAGCGAAACUAGAUCCAUUAGGCUUGGAAGAAGGCGGAAUUCCUGAUGAUCUGAAUCCUGCUUUUCAUGGAUUUUCAGAAGCUGAUCUUGACAGAGAAUUCUUUAUAGGAGUAUGGAAUAUGUCUGGAUUUCUGUCACACAAUCGACCUGUAAUGACUCUUCGAACCAUAGUAACAAGACUCGAACAAGCCUACUGUGGACAUAUUGGAUACGAGUAUAUGCAUAUUCAAAAUCGUGAGAAAUGUAAUUGGCUUAAAGACAGGAUUGAAACUCCAGAACCUGUGAGGUACAGUCAAGAAAGGCUUGAGCUUUUCCUUGACAGGUUAGCAUGGAGUACGCUGUUCGAGAAUUUUUUGGCUGCUAAAUGGGGAUAUGCAAAGAGGUUUGGGCUUGAAGGCGGUGAGACUCUGAUCCCCGGAAUGAAGGAGAUGUUUGACAGAGCCUCUGAUCUUGGUGUGGAGAAUAUAGUAGUCGGAAUGCCUCAUAGAGGAAGGCUGAAUGUUUUGGGCAAUGUUUUCAGGAAACCACUCGCUCAAAUAUUUAGCGAGUUCGACAAAAAUACGAAAACUGUGGACGAGGUUGGGCUUUAUACGGGAACUGGUGAUGUCAAGUAUCACUUAGGAACUUCUUAUGACAGACCAACUAGAGCUGGGAGGAAUAUACAUCUGUCAUUGGUCGCGAAUCCAAGCCAUUUAGAAGCUGUCGAUCCAGUUGUACUGGGCAAAACUCGAGCAAAGCAAUACUAUACCGACGAUCUUGACAGGACUAAGAAUAUGGCUGUUUUGAUCCACGGCGAUGGAAGCUUUGCUGGGCAAGGCGUAGUUUAUGAAACCUUACAUCUUAGUGCACUUCCUAACUAUGCAACUGGUGGGACUAUACACAUUGUAGUGAACAAUCAAGUGGCCUUCACUACCGAUCCGAGAUCAGGGAGAUCUUCAAGGUACUGUACUGAUGUUGCUUUGGCCCUGAGUGCUCCAAUUUUUCAUGUAAAUGGUGAUGACAUGGAGGCAGUUGCACAUGUGUGCGAGCUUGCAGCAGAGUGGCGCCAGAAGUUCCAUUCUGAUGUUGUUGUUGAUAUUAUAUGCUAUCGCCGGUUCGGGCAUAAUGAAAUUGAUGAGCCAAUGUUCACACAGCCAAAAAUGUACAAGGUGAUUCAGAAGCAUAUUACCUCUCUUGAAAUAUAUCAAAACAAACUCUUACAAUCUGGGGAAAUAACACAAGAAAAUGUUGAUAAGAUACACAAAAAGAUCAAUGAAAUACUGAAUGAAGAAUUCUCCAACAGCAAAGAUUUCUUUGGAAAAACACGCGACUGGCUUUCAUCGCAUUGGGCUGGUUUCAAGUCACCUGAACAGAUUUCAGAAAUCCAGAAUACUGGGGUAAAGUUGGAUGUGCUGAAGACAGUUGGUAAAGCAAUCACAGCACUUCCAGAUGAUCUGAAGCCUCAUAAAAGACUAAAAAGUAUAUAUGACGAUCGAUUACGGAUGAUCGAGACAGGUGAGGGGAUUGACUGGGCAUUGGCUGAAGCACUAGCUCUUGGAACAUUGCUAGUUGAAGGUACUCAUGUUAGACUCAGUGGCCAGGAUGUCGAAAGAGGUACGUUCAGUCAUCGGCAUGCUAUGGUUCAUGAUCAGGAGUCAGGAAAGAAGUACUGUCCUCUUGAUAAUAUCAUGAAGGAUCAGAAUGAAGAAAUGUUUACUGUGAGCAAUAGUUCUCUCUCAGAAUUUGGUGUACUUGGAUUUGAAUUGGGGUAUUCAAUGGAAAAUCCGAAUGCUCUGGUUAUGUGGGAAGCGCAAUUUGGUGACUUCUCUAAUGGAGCUCAAGUGAUGUUUGAUCAGUUUCUGAGUGGCGGAGAGGCUAAGUGGUUGAGACAAAGUGGCUUAGUUCUUCUGCUUCCUCAUGGUUAUGAUGGCCAAGGUCCUGAACAUUCAAGCGCACGGCUGGAGCGGUUUCUUAUGAUGAGCGAUAGUGACCCCUAUGUUGUGCCUGAGAUGGAGUCAUCGCAGCGAAAGCAAAUCCAAGAAUGCAAUUGGCAGGUUGUGAAUGUUACUACACCUGCCAAUUACUUCCAUGUUUUGCGGCGUCAGAUACAUAGGGACUUCCGUAAGCCUCUAGUAGUUAUGUCACCAAAGAAUCUGCUCCGCCACAAGUCCUGCAAGUCGAAUUUAUCAGAGUUUGAUGAUGUACAAGACAAUUCAGGUUCUGACAAACAAGGAACCAGAUUCAAGCGUCUUAUAAAGGACCAAAAUGAUCAUUCUGAUCUCGAGGAGGGCAUCAGGCGGCUAGUUCUUUGCUCCGGAAAGGUUUAUUAUGAGCUUGAUGACUUGAGAAACAAGAUUAAAGCACAAGAUAUUGCAAUUUGCAGGGUGGAACAGCUCUCCCCCUUCCCAUUUGAUCUCAUUCAGCGAGAACUCAAGCGUUAUCCGAAUGCUGAGAUCGUGUGGUGCCAGGAAGAACCGAUGAACAUGGGCGGUUACAAUUACAUUUUACCCCGUCUUUACAGGGCCAUGAAAGAUCUCGGCAAAGGUGUAUGCAUCGAGGACAUCAAAUACGUCGGUAGAGAUCCGGCAGCUUCCACAGCAACCGGCUUUUCCUCUAUGCAUACAAAGGAACAGAGUGAGCUUGUUCAGCUAGCCAUGCAGGCUGAACCAAUCAAACCUGUCUACUAAGCUAAUUCCAUUAGAUAUAAUAAAUCAUAAUAAUGUAAAUAAAUGUCUAUCUUUUCUUUGCCGGAGAAGAAGUAAUGACGGAAUUUGGGGCAUAAGCAUCGGCUAAUUCUAUGCUAGCAGUCGCAGUAAUACAAAGAAUGCAAGCGUUAUCUAGAAUGAUUGAGCGAAAACUGUCCGUGGGUGGGUUUUUAGUUCGCCGUCAAAUCUUAGGGGCGUAGAAUGUGCAAUUAGUUUGAAUCAAACUAAAUCUAUUUUUUUAAAUCGAAAUGAACUGAAUAUAUUAGGAUUUUUUUUUUCAAAUCAAAAUAAGUCAGUUUGAUAA